AAAAUGUAAGCAAUAUAAAACAAAAUAUUAAAAAUGUAAUUCAACUGCAGUCUAUUGUCAAAACGCAUUAACAAAACGUAGAUCGAAAAUGAAGUCGAAAAUGUCCUUUGAAAUGUGUAAUUUGUCAAUAUUCAAAAUAUGAAGUAAUUUAUAGUUAUUUACACGUUGAUUGUUUCAUAUUUACUAGUUAAAUCACCUUAUACACAUAGAUAUCUGUUUUGUUAUUACAUGAGUAUAUUUUUUCAUUGGACCGGUGGAGGUUAUGAAAUGAGAACGUCUUUUUAAUUUGUUAUUUUUUCCGAAAGCCUAUUGAAGGGUUAUGAAAUACUAAAUAAACUGAAAGUAUUACGUAAACAUGUCGAGAAUACUACACAAUCGUAUGAGGUCAGCAUUUAAAAAAUCAACACAAUGGACUAUAGUAGACAAACGAGCGGUUGCAUUUUCAAUAUGGACGGGCCGCAGUGUACUUCUACACAAGCCUAUAGAUACCAGCCAUGUGCAACGGAGGAAAUACGGCAUGCUAGUGGCACGAGCUGUCAGAGGCAUGCUGAAGAUACGGUACUUAGUUCUCGGAGGCGCUUUGGGGGGUGGUAUGACUUUAAAUAAGAAAUAUGCAGAAUGGAAGGAUGGUCUACCCGACAUGGGCUGGUUGAACGACCUGCUUCCAGACAAUGAGCAAUGGGAUCAAUUCACCACCACACUUAUAAAUGCGAAAUCUAAAAUCGGAGACAACCUGCAGAUUGGUGUCCCACUGACGCUGUCGGUGCACAUAGAUCCUCGGCUGCGGGAGGCGGGGCUUGCGCGGGCGCACGAGCUCCGUGAUUGGCUGCAGCAACGCUACGAAGACGCCGUCGCCGCCGCCGCAGCCAAUAACGCCGCUGGUCUCGAGGAACCGCAGAAGAUUGUCAACAAUCUACAGAGUCGACCCGUACCGUCCUCACCCAGGUCCGGGGGCGAAGACACUACUGCCUACGGUAAGCAUUACACAGCAAAUUAUCUCAUGUUCCAGCGUUCCCUAAUCGACAUGUACUCGGCGGUCCUGGACGAGCUGUCGGGUUGGGAGGCUGGGGAGACGGACCGCCUGCCCCGCGUCGUCGUGGUCGGAGACCAGUCUGCUGGGAAGACCUCCGUGCUCGAGAUGAUCGCACAGGCGAGGAUAUUCCCGAGGGGAGCUGGGGAGAUGUGUACUAGAGCCCCAGUGAAGGUAACUCUAUCAGAAGGUCCGUACCACGUCGCGCAGUUCCGCGACUCGGCGCGGGAGUUCGAUCUCAACAAGGAGUCUGAUUUAGCUGAUUUAAGAAAGGAGGUGGAGUUACGAAUGCGUAACAGUGUCCGCGGGGGCCGCACGGUGUCCACCGACGUCAUCUCGAUGUCCGUCAAGGGCCCCGGCCUGCAUCGGAUGGUACUCGUCGACCUGCCCGGGGUUAUAUCUACUCAAACAGUAGACAUGGCGUCGGACACGCGGGACGCUAUCAAACAGAUGACCAAGCAAUACAUGGACAAUCCCAACGCCAUCAUAUUGUGCAUACAGGACGGCUCAGUGGAUGCGGAGCGUAGUAACGUGACGGACCUAGUAUCAUCCUGUGAUCCCUCCGGGAAGAGGACCAUCUUCGUCCUCACUAAGGUCGACCUCGCUGAGGAGAACCUCGCCAAUCCUAACAGAAUCCGUCGCAUCCUCGAAGGCAAGUUGUUCCCGAUGAAGGCGCUCGGCUACUACGCCGUAGUGACGGGGCGCUCCCGCAAGGACGACUCCAUACAGAGCAUACGGGAGUACGAGGAGAGGUUCUUCCGGUCUUCCAAGCUGUUCAAGGACGGUCUGGUGACUCCGUCGCAGGUGACGACGCGCAACCUGUCGCUGGCCGUGGCGGACUGCUUCUGGCGCAUGGUCCGCGCCUCCGUCGAACAACAGGCCGACGCAUUCAAGGCCAUGAGGUUCAACCUCGAGACCGAGUGGAAGAAUACAUUCCCCAGACAGCGCGAGCUGGACCGCGACGAGCUGUUCGAGCGUGCCCGCGCGGAGCUGCUGGACCAGUCGGCGGAGCUGUCGGCCGUGCCGCCCCCCGCCUGGGAGCUGCGCCUCACGCGCGCGCUGUGGGCCGCCGCCGCAGACCGCGUCUUCUCCACCAUCUACCUGCCCGCCGCCGCCAACGCCAUGGGGGACGUCGACAAAUUCAACACAGCAGUGGACAUCAAAUUACGCGAGUGGGCGGAGUCUGAACUGCCCAACGCCUCAAUUAGGGCGGGGCGAGAGGCACUCAGGGAGGAGUUUACAGAGCUUAUGAAUAGAGCACAGGAUUCGGAUCCCGUGUAUGAACCUGUGAAGAAGGAAGCCGUUGAGGAGGCACUCAGGAGGCAUCAAUGGGAGGAUAGAGCACAGGAUGUACUAAGAGUCCUGCAACUGAACGCGUUACAAGACCGCUGUGUGUCGUCCCGCGGGGACUGGGACGCCGCCGUUUCACUAAUGGACUCCGCCGUCAAGGAGAAACUGGAUAUCACGCACCAAGACCUCAAAGAACUCACUGGUCCAGGUCUAAAAGACCGCUGGCUAUACUGGCAGUCUACCUCAGAGGAACAGAGUCGUCGCAACGAAGUACGAAACGAGUUGGAGAGGUUGGGAGUGGCGAGGCCAGUGCUGGCCUACGACGAGGUCGUGGCCGUCAGAGACAACCUCAGGAGGAAGGGCAUUGAGGUGGACAACGAUUACAUACGGGAGACUUGGAAACCUGUUUACUUGAAAAACUUCCUGCACCGCGCACAAACGAGAGCCCGGGACUGUCGCAAGAGUUUCUACCUGUAUAGUCAACAGAAUGGAAAUGGGAAGGAAUGUUGCGAGGUGGUGAUGUUCUGGCGGGUGCAGCAGACCCUGCGCACGACGGCCAACGCGCUGCGCCAGCAGAUCGGGAACCGGGAGGCCGCCCGGCUCGACAGGGAGCUCAGGGAGGUCCUUGAUGAGAUGGCAGCAGAUCCUGAACUGAAAAAGAAACUUCUGUCCGGCAGAAGAGUAGAACUAGCAGAAGAAUUAAAGCGAGUGAGACAAGUGCAGGAGAAGCUAGAAGAGUUUAUCGAGGCUCUAAACAAAGAGAAAUAGUCGAUAGAUGUAUAUUGUAGCUACGUACGUAUGUUUGUUUGUACACCUGCGCGUGCGUCGCCAAUGUACUUACUGCGCCUACAGGACCAACCACACAAGAUAACCUUUAAUUACUACUGUUUAAUGUUUUUGCUCGCUAGAUGGCGCUCGUGUAGUGUUUGGUCUUGUUGACAGUAUCCAGGACAUGACAUGAGACAGGCCCAUGACUAGCGGGGUUGUUUGACGAUCACAAUAAAGUCUAGAACAGAAGGAACGGGGGGUUUUUAGUCAGUAAGAGUCAGAUACUCCCU